AUGGAGCCUCUCAUGAAAAUGACGCCGACUGAGCGCAUUCCAGCUAUUGUGGAUGGCCUGCGUGCAGCUUUCUUGACUGGUAAAACGCGCUCACUCGAGUACCGCAAAAAACAGCUCAAGCAACUGUACUUUUUGGUCGAUGACAACAAGGAGCUGUUCAUCGACUCCAUCCACAAGGAUCUAGGCCGCCAUUCGAUGGAGACCACGUUCGGUGAAAUUAUUUCUAUCAAAAAUGAAAUCAUCACGGCCAUUAACCACCUUAAUAAGUGGGCAAAGGACAAGACCGUGUGGGCUGGUGUUCCGUUUGCCAUGCACUCUACCUACGUCCGCAAGGACCCCAAGGGCACUGUGUUGGUGCUUGGUGCAUGGAACUACCCUAUCACUGUCCAGCUGGGUCCGAUGGUGGGUGCCAUUGCGGCUGGCAACACUGUCUUGCUGAAGCCUUCGGAGCUGUCUGAGCACACGGCUCAGCUGAUUGCGGACCUCUGGCCCAAAUACAUGGAUGCAGAGACGUCGGCUGUAGUGAACGGCGGUAUUCCUCAGGCGACGGCUUUGCUAGACCAACGCUUUGAGCACAUCUUCUACACGGGCAAUGGCCGCGUUGGCUCCAUUGUGGCCGAGAAGGCAGCUAAGCACUUGUGCCCAGUCUCGCUGGAGCUUGGUGGCAAGUCGCCUGUGAUUAUUGACGAGAGUGCCGAUAUUUCAGUAGCGGCUCAUCGUCUUUUGUGGGCCAAGGCCUUCAACACAGGUCAAACUUGUAUUGCGCCGGAUUAUGUGCUUGUUCACCGCAAGGUGCAGGAUAAGCUUGUGGCGGCUCUGACCAAGGCCCGACAGGAGUUUUGGAAGUCGAUGUCGACGGAGAACAAGGACUUUGGCCGUAUUGUAUCGACGAAUCAUUGGAAGCGUCUGCGUGACAUGGUAUCCAACUCAAAGGCGGAAAUGGUCGCUGGUGAUCUGAAAGAGGCUGAUGAAGCGACGCGAUUCAUGCCCUUGACGAUUUUCAACAAUGUGACGGCCGACGACUCGACCAUGGCUGAUGAGAUCUUCGGUCCCAUUCUGCCUAUCAUGCCUGUGGAUAGCGUUCGUCAGGCGAUUGACUUUGUGAAUUCGAGGGACCAGCCGCUGGCUCUGUAUGUGUUUGCUCGUGACCAGCCGACGUUCGACUAUAUUAUGAAAUACACGCGCUCGGGCGGUGUUGUGCGUGGCGACAUGCUUUUGCACUACGUAAUUGAAGCGCUGCCAUUUGGUGGUACAGGCCCGGCGGGCUACGGAGCCUACCACGGCAAGACGGGCUUCGACUGCUUUACACACGAACGCGCUGUUGUGGAAGCGCCAGCCAACGGUUUGCUUGGCCGCCUUGUAGAGAGUGUGAUGUCGCAGCGCUACCCGCCGUACACAGCUGCCAAGCUCCGCUUCUUUAAGAUGACCUUGGCAAGUGUGGCCUGGUUCGGUCGUCCGAAGAACCCGACCCAGUCGGACUCGUCGAUCGAUCGCCCAGUGCGCAAGCCUGGUUGCUUGCGGCCCCUCACCUGCCGCAAGUUGGUAUUCAUCAUUGUCCUUGUUCUGGCUUGGUUGCUGUACAAGUAG